CUUUUGGUCUUCUUUUUCCCCCCCUUCCCUGUUUAUCCUGAAAAGGAUUUGAAGACAGCUUGAAGGAUAAAAAGCCUUGGUGCUUCCCAGGAGCCGAGCCGAGGAGCAGAAGAGGAAGAGCCGGGGGCUGCCGUUGCCUUUGGAGAUGGACGAGCAGCCCAGGCUGAUGCAUUCCCAUGCUGGGGUCGGGAUGGCCGGACACCCCGGCCUGUCCCAGCACUUGCAGGAUGGGGCCGGAGGGACCGAGGGGGAGGGCGGGAGGAAGCAGGACAUUGGAGACAUUUUACAGCAAAUUAUGACCAUCACAGACCAGAGUUUGGAUGAGGCGCAGGCCAGAAAACAUGCUUUAAACUGCCACAGAAUGAAGCCUGCCUUGUUUAAUGUGUUGUGUGAAAUCAAAGAAAAAACAGUUUUGAGUAUCCGGGGAGCGCAGGAAGAAGAGCCAACAGACCCCCAGCUGAUGCGACUGGACAACAUGCUGCUGGCGGAGGGGGUGGCCGGGCCAGAGAAGGGUGGCGGCUCUGCCGCAGCGGCUGCAGCGGCGGCAGCUUCUGGAGGAGCCGGUUCCGACAAUUCGGUGGAGCAUUCUGAUUACAGAGCCAAACUCUCACAGAUCAGACAAAUCUACCACACGGAGCUGGAGAAAUACGAGCAGGCAUGUAAUGAGUUCACCACCCACGUGAUGAAUCUCCUGCGAGAGCAAAGCCGGACCAGGCCCAUCUCCCCGAAAGAGAUCGAGCGGAUGGUCAGUAUCAUCCACCGCAAGUUCAGCUCCAUCCAGAUGCAGCUCAAGCAGAGCACAUGUGAGGCUGUCAUGAUCCUGCGUUCCCGGUUUCUGGAUGCGCGGCGGAAGAGACGGAAUUUCAACAAGCAAGCGACGGAAAUCCUGAAUGAAUAUUUCUAUUCCCAUCUCAGCAACCCCUACCCCAGUGAGGAAGCCAAAGAGGAGUUAGCCAAGAAGUGUGGCAUCACAGUGUCCCAGGUAUCAAACUGGUUUGGAAAUAAACGAAUCCGGUACAAGAAGAACAUAGGUAAAUUUCAAGAGGAAGCCAAUAUUUAUGCUGCCAAAACAGCUGUCACUGCUACCAACGUGUCAGCCCAUGGAAGCCAAGCUAACUCACCGUCAACUCCCAAUUCAGCUGGUUCUUCCAGUUCUUUUAACAUGUCAAACUCUGGAGAUUUGUUCAUGAGCGUGCAGUCACUCAAUGGGGAUUCUUACCAAGGGGCCCAGGUUGGAGCCAACGUGCAAUCACAGGUGGAUACCCUUCGCCAUGUUAUCAGCCAGACAGGAGGAUACAGUGACGGACUCGCAGCCAGUCAGAUGUACAGUCCGCAGGGCAUCAGUGCUAAUGGAGGUUGGCAGGAUGCUACUACCCCUUCAUCAGUGACCUCCCCUACAGAAGGCCCUGGCAGUGUUCACUCUGAUACCUCCAACUGAUCUCCCAGCAGUCGCAUCCCGGCUGACCCUGUGCUCCAGUCGGGGCCGGGCCAGGAGGGAGGGUUUCUCAACGCUGAAGCGGUCAGACUGGAGGUCGAAGCAAUCAGCACACACAAUAAGAGUCUCCUUCUCUUCUCUUCUUUGGGAUGCUGUUUCAGCCAAUCUGGACACUUCUUUAUACUCUCUUCCCUUUUUUUCUGGGUAGAAGCCACCCUUCCCUGCCUCCAGCUGUCAGCCUGGUGUCCAUCAUCUUCCCUGCCCCUUUCCCUCUGUCCUAGACUCCCUGGGUCCCUGCCCUCUAUUACAUCCCUGAAGGAUAUUUUCAACAAUUAGAGGAAUUUAAAGAGGAAAAAAAAAAUACAAAGAAAAUAAUAAAAGUGUUGGUAUGUUUUCAUGCUGGUGGUUUGAGGGGCCAGACUUACCUCCCUGGGAUCCCUUGCUCCCUCUGUUAACAGGCAGUCCUUCUCUGUUUCUCUCGUUACUCUCACUACCUCUUAGCAGGAAUACGCCACAUUGCCCUACUCAUUCCAGGCUGCCCUACCUCCUCUUGCUCUAACCUCCCCGGGGGCGAUUCUGAUUAGAAUACAAUUCCUCCUCUUCCUUCUCAGCCCCAGGUAUUCUUUGGGGGCUGCCUUUGCUGGGCUUCUAGAAGUACCACAGUUUCUGGUUUCACCUCUGCUAGCUUGGUUCCCAGCAGGAAGUCAGGCAGCAAGAGAAGGCUCAAGGAACAAGAAGGGCAGAAUUCCUAGAGGCUUUUGCAUCUUCCCAAUAACAGCUCUUGGUUUCAGAGGGGCUGGAGACCGUGCAGUAGGCGGUGUUCAGAACCUACCGCAAAACCAGGUCUGAGUUAGGCAUGGUGGUGAAUGCAUCACUAAGGAGUAGAAGGUUCUUAUCCUGCAACCCUUUACCUAUCCC